AUCAGUAUGAAAUUUUUUGGCCUUUCAUCUAAUUCAUUAACAGUUAUUUAUUAUACCUCCAAUUUAUGAAUGUCGUCCCCCUUUUGACGGGUGCUAAGUGGGACAUUAAUUAAAAUAAAUAAUUAAACUAGGCUUAAAAUCAAGGGGGCAGAGUCCAGUUUUGAGUCAUUUAUUUAUAUUUAAGAUGUGUCUUUUAACAGAACGUAAAGUUCUUUAUAAUUCAAAUUAUGUAUCGCUAAUUGGCCGAACAUGAGGGAAAGGUCGACGUUCAACGUUUGCCUGAGUAGGAGAAAGCCGAUAAAUUGCGGAUAAACGCAAAAGGUUACUGCCGUUCGUUAUCACAAUAAAAUUGGCAUUUUUAAUGAAAACAAAGCAAAUAAUAUGAACCAGAGCCAUCCUGGAGAAUACAGAGCGACAUUACACCAGCAUCAGCUUCAUCGAAACCAGUGCACAUCCUUGCAAACCUUCGCCCGUUUCCCUUCGACGGGUCUGAACGUCCUGAACGCGGUCGUCAUCCCGGGCCUGAGCGUCAACCAAGAAGACGGCAAUCAGUAUCAGAACCACAUCCACUCUUUUUUGAACAGCAACAGAACCAGCGAGCAGCAGCACCAGAACUUAAAAGACCACCAGAAGAACGGCAGGGGUUAUGAGGAUCCGACGACCAGUGCGGACCACUUCAGGCAUUGCAACCAAGGGCCGAAGAAUUGCCAGCAGUGCUACACCAAAGCCCAGCAGCAGCAGCCUCAGUUGCAGCAGGCCCAGCAGACGACAGGAGCCGCUCUUCCUCUCCCUCUGCCACAGUCUAAUCCGAGGCCAGUGAAAAUUAUGGUCGACGCCUCGACGAUGACAGAUUCUGAAGAAAGUUUACAGUCGGCCACCUGGCAAAAUCCCGCUGCCAACAAUCCCAAUACCAAGGUCGCCGAAUAUCUUACAAGCCUUAGGCAAUUUUUGAAGCUAUCGACACCAAGUGAGACAAAACGGAAACUUGGAGACGUGAGAAUAGUUAUUUCCCCAGACGGCUCACGCUUAUACUGCUGUCCGGAAUGUCAUAUGGCAUACCCAGACAAAAACCUUCUUGAGCCUCAUCUCGCCUCGCAUAAGAUCGAACGUAGGUUUGUCUGUGGCGUUUGUGGUGCUGGUCUUAAACGGAAGGAGCACUUGGACCGACAUCAACUUUCGCACAGUGAUGAACGUCCUUACUCUUGUGCCGCUUGUCCAAAGACUUUCAAGAGGAACGAACAUCUUGCUAGGCACUACAUCAUCCACUCUGGGGAAAAGGCGCAGAUGGAACGAAGGUUCGUAUGUGGAGUUUGCGGUACUGGACAUGCAAGGCGUGAGCAUCUGGAGCGCCAUCAAUUGGCGCAUACUGAAGAUAGGCCCCAUGCAUGUACCACUUGCCGUAAGACGUUCAAACGCAAUGAACACUUAGCCCGGCACCUUCUCACACAUUCAGGUUUAAAACCCCACAUCUGUCUUGAGUGUGGCAAGGCAUUCUACAGAAAAGACCACCUUCGCAAACAUCUACUUGCCCAUCAGACCAAGAGGAUUCGUUUAGCAGGUAUUACUUGCAACACCAAACUUUCCUUAACACUACCAUAGUCAUGCAUCUAGUCACAUAUUUAACUUUUUAUUAUAUAUUUAAUUUAAUUAUUGUUGUGCAUUUUUGUGGAGAAUUUGCAAUCAAUAUUAAUUUAACAUUGUGAUAUACUCAAUUGAUCUAAUUUUUUUUUUUUUUCAUUUAAAAGGUACAAUUAAUUAAAAGGUUUUAAAUGUGUUGUCAUCAGAGCAAGAAUGAUUACUUGAUAUUUGGAAUAACAUUUUAUUGUUAACCAAUAUGUAAAUUUUGAUGUUUGUCAACCAUUGUGAAGUGAUGAAUCUGUAGCUUGAUCGUCCUCCAAUCAUCAUAGUCUGCUUGUCUUCGCUGGCUUUGUCAGACGUCAGCAUUUUUGUCAGUGAUUGGUCUAUGUGUAUUUUGUUAGUUUUGUCUCUUUCAUAUGGUUCUUGAAAGACAAAACCUACAAGAAUAGGCAAGCCGCGAUAAUUGGAGGGAUUGAAGCUAAUAUUUAUAUUUUUAACUAUUUUGGAUUGUUGCAUAUGACAACAUAUUUUCAAGAAAUUAUUUAUUUAUUGGAAAAAUAUAAAACGUUAUAUUCUUGAAUGUUUCUUUGGUUGCUUAAUUUUUUAAAUUAAUUAAUUUUUUUGACAUAUCCAUUAAAGUGUUGAUAGUAAACACAUUUGUUUUCCUUUUGUGUUAUAAAUCUCAACAUAUUUCUAAAAAAAAAAAUCUUAAACAUUUAUAUGUAGCUUCAAUACAGAUCUGGUUUAAGCGACGUAAUAUUAACCAAAUGUCACACUUUUAAUGUAUUUAAUAGAAAUCCAGUUCCAGCCCCUAGCACUUGCCUAAUAUUCAGGCAUAACCACACAAGCUCAAUGAUCUGAUUUAAAAUUUAUGGUUUAAAUCAAAUUGUUCGAUGGGCUAAAUCUACUUUUAAAUAAUAAUAUUCUGAGGGAUUUUUUUGAUCAAUUAAAAUAAAUUGGAAUGAAGGGAGAAUGAACCUCCAGUUAAUUAGUUGAAGUAUAGUUUAUACCUUUACUCCCCACUUUUUUUCCCUCUGUUAGAUGAUUAAUUUUACCAAAAAUAUACUUUAUGUGCCUUUCUUGAAAUUACCAAUUAUUGUUUUGUAAAUAUAGCCUUUUUUACACAGUAUUGCAUUGUAAUUAAUAUAAUUAUUAUAUUAUUAUUUAAUUAUGAACCUACUAAAUGUUAUAUGAUAAACUAUUACUAAACCAAAAAAAUGAAAAAUUACCAGCCUAUAUUUUAAUAAAUACUAUUAAGAACACACUAUGACCAUUUUUGUCUUUGUUUUUGUGUAAAAUUAUAUAUUUUUAGUGCAAUAAUUUUUUGCCAUAUUGUGCCUGAUGUUUCUGAGUGAUAUUGAUUGUAAUCUAAAGACAAAUUUACUAUCUUAGUAUAAGGUAAAUAAAAUAACACUCGGCUUGUUAUUUAGUAUCAAAACACAUUUAAUUAAACCUUUUUAAGAUUACUUUAAUCUCAUGUUAUUUAUAUGUCUAGAUUACCAGUUGUAUUGGUAUUUAUUAAAAAUUGUAUCUUGUUGUAAAUUAACUUCUCGUACUAAAAAUUGUUUUAUUUUUAUGGAGCUUUGGGUGUUCUUUUCUUUUUUUAAAUGUUAAGAAUUAUAAAAUUGUACUGUCAAUUUGGCUUGAAAGAAAAAAAAUGAACACUGACUGAAAAUUGUAAAAACUUGAAUUUCUUAAAAUAUUUUUCUAAUAAUGAAAAAUUUGUUUUUGUUUUACCUAUAAACUAUUUGUUGUGAUAUAAUUAAUUACUGUAACGUUCCUGUUGUGUUAAGUUUAUUAUUGUUUUAGCUGUUUUAUAUUUGUUUUAUGAUGACUGGGACCAUGUAUAAAAAGAACAAAUGUUUCAGUCUUAUAUAUAUAUUAUGAAGUUUAUAAUUAGCAACUUAAAAAGUCUUAGUCAUGUUUAAAAGUUGUGCAUCUCAUUAAAGUUACCUACAAAUAUAAA